AUUUUCACAGCCUGUCACUCUUUCUCUCUCUCGGUCAUGAACUGCCACACCUUGCUUCCGAUCUUAUGAUACAGCAUGUACGAGGUGCUGAAGGUGGAAGAUUCUACAUUUUUGUAAAUCAAUAUUGUGCAAACCCUGGUAAAGCGAACAUGUCAAACAUUGGCGAGAUGGCAUCGAAUACAUUCAAAGUCGAGCGUGAUAGGAAUUCGGAUGUCGGCGACCUCGAGGACAAAAUCAUGGCGAAAGCUCAGAUGGUGUUCGAAGAUAUUGACGUCAAUGACUCGGUACUCUGUACAACAGACGACGAGGAUCACGAUGAGAGUUCAUCGGAAGAGCGCAUUACUGCAGCCGUUCAUGACACCGACCGGCUACUCAACACCACAGCAACGAUCAUCAAGGCAUUCCAAGACGGUGGUCCAGAGGACGCAAUGCAUAUUAUCGCUGGGCGAUCCAAAGAUCCGAUGGGAGCUCUGAUCUCGACUUUGGGAGAAGUAAAUCCGAUGAGAGAUCUGGACCCGACCUUGGACGAAAUCGAGAAAGCUCACCUCCUCCGCGUGGUGAGGGCGCUCGUUGACGGUGUGCUUCAGGGGCUGGCUGCCGGACCAGCGGCGGCUGAUUCGUGUGCGUGCCAUGGUGUCUCCCAAGGGUACCAGCAUGAAACAGCCCUCGUUCCGAGUCUUAGAAUCGCUUAUGCUGGUGUGAGCAAUCGGAUGGUAUCUGGUGUGUAUGCUGGGACUUGCAGUGGCGAAUGUACGCAUAGUAUUGGGAUCACUCCAUGGCGCUUGUGGACGAUGCUCAAUAAUGGCCGAUUGACCAAAAACGGGAGCAUGCCAGCAAUGCCAGACAAAUACUACGAUCCAGUGGCUGAGAUGCACUUGCGGCAGUGGUUCGGCGAGCGGCGUAUAUGCCUGAUUGCCGUCGCUGGCCUUGAGGAGAACAGGUGGGCGCCAGGUCUAAGUGGCACUGGGUGCCGCGCGUGCGGCCUGAGGCGUGCAGUACUGGACCGCACACCGAACGCGUGGGGAGUCAGUGAUACUGAAUUGGAGGCUGCCAAUCAUGCGUCUGUUCAUAAGGCCUUCAUGGACGUGCUUUCUGCAGGGAAUGAUCUCAGGAUUUCUUGCAUGUGCGAUGCAUGUUGGUUGUUUGCUUGUAAGCGGAGCAUGAUGCGGCCCGGUAUGAUGCCCACGGCUGGGACAGUCAUGGAGGCGCUCGCAGCAAUGGUUCCACCUGCUGUGAGGCAGGUACGCUCACAGGCGAUCACAUUUGCCGAAGGUGCAGCGCAGCUGGCAAAGCAUUGUGAUGAUGUGCGGUUCUUCGACUUGGUGCAGGGUAAGGUGGUCAAUCUGAGCACCUUAAUGCGUGUCAGCGGCCUGAGUACCCAUGGCUGGUUUUAUGCUAAUGCAUACCACAGUGUUUUCGUCUCACAUACGUGGGGGCGGUACUGGUGCAAAAAGCUUAACCGCCGUUUCGGUGUUGACGUCCCACAUGUCUGCAAUAAUGCGACGGAGAGGCAUGCAGUCAUUACUAAUGUGGAUACUAUGCUGCGUAGCGCUGCUCUCACUGGGAGGAGGUAUGUGUGGCUGGACUGGCUGUGUGUCGAUCAGGAUAAGGCGUCGCCGCAAAAAGCCCUGAUGGUGGCGUUGCAGGCCGCUUUAUUCGCUGUAGUUCAAUUCAUGGUGGUGUAUGCACAUGAACCUCAGACAAUCACCAGCUUUCAAUUACUCCAUGAUGGCAUCACGCACGCUUGUGCUAAUACUGACCUCAAGCGGGUGGCCGACGGUGCGUGGUUCACGUCGUUGUGGACUCUGCAGGAGUUGGCCCUACAUAAGGAGUUCAUGGGUGUGAUCAGCAAAGAAAGCUCUGUCGUCCCUGCCUUCAGCCUCCAUGCUGCAGCGGUAGAAUUGGUGCGCAUGGGGUCGCUGGAUUUUGAGCAUGCGCUGUGGGUGUGCAAUGAGAACUUACUGCGUACUGGGCUCUCGGUGUGCGUCUCGCAGACGAGUUCAGUUUACGCGUGUGCAGCUUCUUAUCGGGUUUGUCAGCUCGAUGACCGGCGCGCAGCCUACUCCGCCGGGCUUGCUCGGCUCCCAGGGUACGAGUACAGUGACUGCAUCGGGGAUUCGGCUGGUAUACUUGCGUCUGGUUGGAUCACUGAGCUGAUCAGUGCGAAGGGCGGGUUGUCAGAGGCACUCACGACGGGGUGUUAUGUGCGGUCCACACGCGCGCACUCACUCAUAUAUCAUGUGCAGUCGUGGCAUACGUGGAUGGCCGGGAUCAGUGCCGAACGGGUUAGUGUCCUUGGACGCGCAUGCAGUGGCAGCCUUAUGCUGGGUGAUAAGCCACGGCUAAAGCUCAGGGCUUUCCAGAAUGUCCACGGAUGGCAGCCUGCCCAGGACAUGGCCACUUUGCUGCUCAGUCUCGCGACUGUGCUGUUCUUAGCCGAUAUCGGGGGUAGCAAAGACGAGGCUGAUGGUGUGACCAUGCUGUGCUUGGUGCUCACUGGACUGGAUGGUCAUCAUGCAUUUAGGUGGACUGCUGCCAUUGUUACCGUGUGGGAGGCACCACCGGGUGUCGUCACGUACUAUGAGUUUGGUGGGCAGAGGCAAGCUGAUCCUACCAACCAUCUCAGUCAAGCCGAGGUGCUGAGCUGCAAUAGGAAUGAACUCCGGGCCGGCUCUCAUAUGUUCGCUUCGGGCCACUAGGAGUCGCAGAUGGUCCCCAACGCGUAUAUAUAGUCCGUAGCCCACUUG